AUGUCUCAAAAGCACGAAUGGAUGGUUAUCCUGCCGGAUAACACUGGCGCACUGGACAAGCGCAUGGCAGUCAGACAACAACAUUUGAGCAACCUCAAGCCUGAUGCAGACUCGGGUUUCUGGGUCCUCGGUGGUGCAAUGCUCGAGGACGUUCCCAAGGAGGGCUCGCCCCUCAAGAUCAGCGGCUCGGUCAUGAUGGCUUUGGCAAGCUCCAAGGAAGAGGUCCUCGAGAAGAUCAAGAAGGACAUCUAUGCUGGUGAGGGUGUUUGGGACAUGGACAAGAUCCAAAUAUUCCCCUUCAAGUCGGCUAUCAGAUCUGCUCUGUAG